AUGGUUUCAAUCGAGGAUGCAUCCACUGGGAUGGACUGCGUAACUUACGGCAGAUUGGCGCCUCGUUGUGAGUGCGGCUGGUUUCCGUGCCUGGCGUUUACCGUGAACUACACGCCGAAACGAGCAACGCUGGCGCGCGGGACCUACUGGAACCCAACCAGGGCAAGUUCUUACUUGUGCCAGAGCGCGUGGCGUCGCCGCAAGUUUGCAGGCAAACGGGAACCGAAUCAAACCUCUAGACUCGAACGCAGCAAAAUCCGAUGCUCUGCAAUCGACUGGAGUGAUCUGUUCCACCAAGAAACCGUCGUGUACGAGGAAAGCACACCGCUGUGCGUUGUCCAGGUUCCAACGUCACCGAUACCUGGUCAGAAGACGGGCACCUCUGGCAUACGAAAGCGCACACGUGAGGUAACACAGACACCAAACUUUUUCGAGAACUGGUUUCAAUCCCUUUUCGAUGUGCUGGUCGAGCGAUACGGGCGCACGUGCCUCAACCGGGCAACACUCGUUGUCGGUGGCGACGGCCGCGAGGGCAACCAGGCUGCCCUUCGAACACUGCUCCGCAUCGCUGCCGCCAACAGCCUGCAGCGGCUGAUCGUGCUCGGACCGGACGCUAUCGCUACGACGCCCGCUAUCAGUGCGGCGAUUCGAGCUGCUGGUGCCCUGGGCGGGAUCGCCCUGACGGCGAGCCACAACCCUGGCGGUGUUGAUGGCGACUGGGGUGUCAAGUACAAUAUGGAAAACGGUGGUCCAGCGCCGGACUCAUUUACGUCCCUAAUUUACGAGAGAACCUUGACAAUAUCUAGAUAUUUAGAGGUGGAGGCGUCGGAUCCGGAGGCGCUCUGUGGCCGGGACGGGUUCGACGGUGUCAAUUUCAAACGGAUCCAAACGGUACACCGUUUUCGGAUCUUGCCGGAGGGCGCUCGCGAUGCGCUCCAGUCCCCGAAUCCGGACAGACUCCCACACUCGGAUGGCGGGAGGACUUUUGAAAUCCACCUCGUUGAUGCCACUGCAACGUACGUGGAGCUGAUGGAAGGUAUAUUUCAUUUUGAACGAUUAAGAGCGCUCUUGCGUCUCCCAAACUUUAACAUGGUUUACGAUGCGAUGUAUGGAUCGACUGGUCCGUUUGCGUUCAUGAUUUUUGGCGAAAAACUCGGGUACUGGGAGUAUCCCUGGUUCCGGCGGGGUCAGUAUCUCCCCGACUUUGGUGGCGUUCAUCCGGAACCUAAUCUGGAGAACUUGGCAGACUUGGUUGCCGAAUUCUUUUCCGAUGAGGAUUCACCCGACUUUGGCGCUGCUUCCGAUGCCGAUGGUGACCGAUAUCUUAUUCUCGGGCGUAAGUUCGUCGUGCAACCAUCAGACUCGCUGGCGAUUAUGUUGGAUUACGCACUUCGACCGGAUUUUGCCGCAUACUGCAGAUUUGAUGGUGGCCUUAUUCGAGGCGUCGCUCGCUCGAUGCCGACGAGCUCUGCUGUUGACGUCGUUGCUUCACGCCAUAAUAUUAGGUGCUACGAAACGCCCACGGGGUGGAAAUAUUUCUGCAAUCUGCUCGACGCGGGCCUGGUCUCUCUAUGCGGAGAGGAGAGUUGCGGGGCGGGCGGGGCUCAUAUCAGAGAGAAAGAUGGUUUGUGGGCUAUUCUUUUUUGGCUGUCAAUUUUGGCGUACCAUAAUCUCCAAGUCGCUCCGGGAUCGAAAAGCACAAGUGUUGAGGAUAUUGUUCGAGCACACUGGGCUCACUACGGACGCAACUAUUACGAGCGCUGGGAUUUUCACGGAAUCGAACGGACCACAGCCGAGCGCUGGAUGCGCAACCUAGAACGCUCGGUCGAAGGCGGCGAAAUCCUCAGCUUGCGUAUCGAUGGACCACAGCUCUAUGCCGCGGAUGUAUUUCAUUACCAGGAUCCAGUGGAUGGCUCCUGGGCGCGAAACCAGGGCGUACGGUUGUUUUUCUCAUCUGAUCGGAGGAUGCGAGCCGUUCUGCGGCUCAGCGGGACAAGUUCAGCGGAUGCGACCCUGCGCGUUUACCUAGAAAAGUACGUUGCCCCCAAUGACGGAGACGUUCAAGCUGUUGGGGAACUUGCCUCGAGUUUUGUGGCAGAUAUUGGGCGCGCAGCUCUUCUCUAUUGUGGAAUCGUCUCGGAGCUUGGCCGAGAGCGACCAGACCUCCGUGCUUGA